AAACUUUAAUAAAUAUUUUUUCUUAAAAAAGGUUGAAUUAUGGGACUGUUCUGGUGACAGAAAAUUUGAAAGUUGUUGGCCAGCAAUUCGUUACCGUUGUGAUGGGGUACAACGAAUUUGCUUUAAAAAAUGGAAUUCGAUUAAGAAAUUUAUUUAUCCUUCUUCACCAUACAAGUGAACAAACUAAUGAUAGCGCACUUGCAGAAUUUCAUCUCCCAACAGAAAUGGCUGGUAUUAAUAUGAUCCCCUCAAAUAUUGAUAAAGAAGGGGAUGAAUUAAGAUUAGCUUUUAAUAAUUUUCUUUGUGAUAUUAUUGCUGAUGUUUAUGCAAAUACUAAAAAAUAA